AUGGACCUUGUCCGCCGUGGCAAGGAGUCUGGGUCUAGCCCAAUUUCUGACAUCACGCAAGGCAGUCGGCAUUUAGCUUUGAUCGAUUUGGGUUGUUGUUUUGCUGUUUCAGUCGGUGAUUCUGUUUUAUAUUUGCUCAAAAAUACUAUAAUGUCUGACCAUGAAACUGAUUCGGAGGAGAGUUAUCAAACUGAUGACUCCGAUAUAAACUUUAUUCCGGGGUACAUAAUGGAAUGCCCUGACCUUGGAAGUUCGGAUGAUGGCUCGAGCGUUGAAGAGGACAACGCGGGCCUAGCAUAUGCCGAUGAACCUUUGGCUGACGACGAGUGUCUACAAAACUACAACAGGCAAGAAAGUGAACGGCUAGAAUUACAAGAAAAGCUAGGGAGAAGACUGGAUGGUUCUGUUGAAGUGAGCCAGUGGUAAGUACUUGGUAAACAUCGAUAAAAUUCGUGUUUGUUUCGGAUUAUUAAUAUCGAAUAUAUGCGUGGAAAUUUUAUGAUUUCUAUCUAUAAACUUCAAAUGUUUUUCUCCUUUUUUAUCACAGGUGCAAUUGUGGGAAUUGUGACAUAACCUUACUAACAAAUAAUAGUGAAUGUCAUUGUUGUUUUGAACUGGAAGGAUGCGAGGAAGCUAUGAAUCGCGAAGAAGUCAUACAGGAUCUCAAAGCCGAAGGCGUGCAAAAUGCGAAGUGUGUAACACAACACCCGGGAUUCAACCCCGUAUGCCUUCAAAAGUGGAGUUUGAAGAUGGCUGCUGACAGAUAUAAAACCAAAGAUAAAAGCAAAUACAGUCAAACGUCAACAGAGAAUAGGUUAGACAAUUUAUUCAAUUAUGUUGUUAAAAUUUUUCUUUGUUGCCAAAGUUUUACCUCUUGACUUGUUUAUUUAUGCACCUAUCAAUGUUUUCCCCCUGGGGGGGGGGGGGGUGCGGGCAACCCAGGGCAUCCCCGCUGUUGGGCAAGAAACGGCCGUCAAAAUUCCCCACUAUAUUUCUAAGAUAACAAGGCACACAUAUGUUUUCCAAUGCAAACAUACAGGUCUAUACUGGUUUAAACUUGGUAAAAAUUGAGACACUGUGUAUAAAAGGCUAUAAAAUACCUUUUUCGAUGAAACUUGAUCGUGCUUCUCCGCCAUACUUGUUACCAGGCCUUUCAAUGUCAAAACUGUGCAAACUUUCAAAAUGGCGGAUGUCGGAAAUUUCCCAACUCUGGGAGUUGAUGCAUAGGUCAGAUUCCCCUCACUGGGGCUUCAUAGUGUGGUCAAAGUCCCCUGGGUUGCCUGCAUCCCCCCCCCCCCUCAGGGGGAAAACAGUGAUAGGUGCAUUAAAAUUAGCCUCUCAAUACAUUACUAUAUAUUAGAGGUGUGCAAAUCCGAUCCGUUCGGAUUUCGGAACCAAAAUAUUCAUUUCGGAUCGAUAAAGUUGUUUCAUAGUCGGAUCGGACUUCGAUAUCCGAAAUAAAAUGAAUUAAUUAUCUAAUGCAUUAUUCGUUUGAUACUUCAAUUGGAAUUGGAAUUUGUCAGCUUCUUGACAUGUAUUUCUUGCUUUUAUAUUUAUUUGGUUAAAUAUUUCAACUUGAAUGAGAAAUUUAUUUUAUUAAAGAAUUCUUCGGAUCGGAUCGAAACUCGGAUCGGAUUCGGAUUAGACAAUUUCGGAUCGGAUCAGAUUUUAAACAUAGGCAAUUGUCGGAUUAUAAACGUCCGAUCCGAUGCAACCUCUACUAUAUGUAUAGGUACCCUGGCCCAGAGGUUUUACGCGAAAUGCGAGAAAACGCGCGAAGAAAAAGGAAAAACCUCUGGUGAAUUUGUUGGCGAUUCCUGGUUCGGAUAAAGAAUGCAAAAAAUGUAUAAUUGCUUAAUGCAUCAUAUUCUAAAAAUAUUAUCCAAUCAUUAUCCUUGACGCCAGGCCGUCUAGACAGCGUUUUAUCGCAUGUUUACUGUCUAGUGUAUGCCUGCCCAUUUGUAGCAAUAUUCAUUCUCCUAAAUUUCAUUCAAUUUAAAACAUCACAUCUAUUCAAUUUAAUAUAAAUAUAUAUUUAUAUUCAUUCACUUUAAUCUUGCAAUAUACAUUCAAUUUAAUCCUGCAAUAUACAUUAAAAAAAAUCUGUAUUUUAUAAAUUUAUUAAACACACCUCUUUGGGCCGACGUGAACUUUGUCUGUUAAUACAAAAGCAAGCAAAUUUGUCUUGUAGAUUUCAAAUGAAACGAUUGAAAUCAUUCCUCUCCAUUUCGCAUUUCGAAUAAUAGACUCGGGAUUACAAAAUGCGAAUGCAAACUCUCCAUCUAGUAUUGCUUUCUCGUCCUCUUCGUUUGACAGUGAAGUAACACGGCAUCCACGCUUUCUUAGUUCACGGACGUGAGAGUCAAUGAAAGAGUUCAAUUUGCAAAUGACUAUUAAGAUGGGUUUCUCCAGAAAAUUGUGGCUUUUGCCAAGUCGUCGUGCUACUCUCGGUGUUAGAACUUUGGAAUAUUAAACUCUUCCCAUAACCGAUAGCAAGAUGCAAAUACAUCUUUAAUGUGAAUCAAAUUGGACAAGGCGCGGUAUUGAUGCUCCGUUAAACUUUUAAUUCAGGAAAUUUAUCAAUCUAUCUAUUAAUGCAGCCUAUAAAACAGCUUCUUUCAACUUUUGUUCGUUUAUUUAAUAAUAUAGACAUUUCAAAAUUCAAAUGUUUCAAUUCAAUCAAAACACGAAACGCCUGCGAACAGGCUAUGAUGUUUACAAUAUCCAAUCAGAACACGUAGUCUAUCGAACCUAUAGUCAGCAACCAAUCAACUUCUAGGUUCCAAUUUUGAAAGUUAUGUGUGGAAUGUGACCCCAAAAACCCAGCCAAUUUCACCAGAGGGUUAUUCAAAACAGGCGAAAAUAAAUACCCUCUGGUUCCAGGGUAAUGUAUAGGUAGAUAAUGAUUUGCUAAAUACAAAGAUAGAAAAUAUCAAUUUAUACUUUUGUAAAUGAGGACUAUAAUUGCAGGCAACUUCUUAGCCUGGUUCACAUGGUAACAAAUCAUGAACUUCCAUUUAUUUUGUUUUAGCUUUCUACGCAGUAUCUCAUAUAGAGAGUUCACAAGACUAAUAUAUGGACGUCUUGGCAACAGAAGAAUCCCACUACCUGCAUGUGCCUACAUUGCAAUAAGAAAUACAUUUCCCAUCAUGGAAAAGGAAGGACAGUUUACUGGAUAUUCUGAUGACUCAGACUAG